AUGUGUAUCACAACAACUACAAUAACCACAAUCACAAGGCGGCGAUGGAGAAUUAAGGAUGGCGAAGAAGUAUAUGGGAGAGAAGCUUGUUUUGAACUGAUAGAAUUGGGUGAUCUUUUGUAUGACAUAGUUCCUUAUGAGCAAAAUCCUGACGACGUGAUCAUUUGGCCAUUUGACAAAUCAAAAAGGUACAGUGUCAAAUCCUUUUACAAUAUUCUGAAUCUUUCUAUUAGAGGAGUCGAGUUGGAAGAACAUAGGAAGAUGGGGCUGGGAUUUAUAUGGGGGGCAACUGUCCCCUCUAAAUUGAAAUUCUUUGGCUGGAGGCUUUUGUUGGACAGGCUGCCUACAAGAAAGCUUCUCCGUAGGCGCGGUAUUAUUACAACAACAUGA